AUGAUUUCAUUUCUGUGUCCCAUAAAGAUAAACGUCUCCAUCAUCUUCCAUCACCUCGUCCUCCACCACUACCAAUAUCAAAACGAGCCUAUGUAAAAUUAAAUGAUCCACCUGAUGUGACAAACAGUGCAAUUGUUUUUUGGGAAACACCUUCAAAUAAAACGAUAAUAGUUGAACAAUUUAGUAGUGGAUUUAUUGAAGAAGAUUCUUUUGAUAAAAUAUUUAAAAUUCGUCCUGAUGGUGCUACUGAUGCUUUCCUAUUUGUUAUGGAUACUUCUUUGGUAACUGGUAAUAAUAGUG